UGCAUUGAGUAUGACUAAGGCUUUGUCAAUCACACUCCUUCUUCUACCAUUAAUGUAUUUCCAGCGUUCAUCUUCUUCAUCAUCCUUGAGAAUGGGUUCUUCCCUCUCUGUGGAAAAUCCACACCAUAUUCUCAUCUCACCAAACGCCAUCUUUUCUGCAGGCUUUAUAGCCGUUGGUGAGAACGCAUAUUCAUUUGCAAUAUGGUUCACAGAGCCUCAUUUUCACAGCCCCAGCACUGUCAUAUGGAUGGCAAACCGUGAUCAACCUGUCAAUGGAAAACGCUCCAAAAUUUCCCUCACAAACGAUGGCAACGUUGUCUUAGUUGAUGCUUCUUACAACACUGCUUGGUCUUCAAACACCGAUUCGUUAGACCCAGUAGAGUUGCAUCUCAGAGACGACGGUAAUCUAGUGUUAAGCCAGCUUCAAGGAACCGUUCUGUGGCAAAGUUUCGAUUUUCCGACCGACACUCUCGUUCCUGGUCAGCCUCUUACCAGAUACACACAUCUUUUGUCUUCAAGAAGCCACACUAACCAUUCAUCUGGUUUCUACAAGCUGUAUUUCGGCGAUGAUAACAUUCUUCGUCUUCUAUAUGAUGGCCCUGAUGUUUCAAGCCCCUACUGGCCUAGUCCCUAUCGUAGAAGGUUGAAACUGGACCCUGAUGGUAAUUUCCGAGUGUAUAGUCGAAAUAGUGUGUUAGAGAAGUGGUAUGUUUCGUGGCAAGCAAUUACUAAUGGUUGCCAUAUUCAUGGGGUUUGUGGAGCCAACAGCACGUGUGCUUAUGAUCACGAGAGGGGGAAAAAGUGUGAGUGUCUUCCAGGGUACAGAUGGAACAACCUCAGUGAUUGGUCUCAUGGGUGUAAGCCCAUGUUUGAUCUCACCUGCGAUCAGAAUGAGUCUACCUUCUUGGCGAUGCAGGGUGUGGAAUUUUACGGGUAUGAUUUUUAUUAUGUAGAAGUUAGUAAUUUUACUGCUUGUGAGAAACUGUGCUUGCAAAAUUGUAGUUGUGUAGGGUUUCAGCACUCCUAUACUGACAAAAAGGGCAUAGCCUUCAAGUGUUAUACCAAAACACAAUUGCUCAAUGGAAGGCGUUUACCCAGAUUCACAGGAACAACAUACUUGAGAGUGACCAAAGGUUAUACGUUCUCUGUGAAAGAAUCUUCUACUGACAGUGCACAUGUUCUUCGAGUUUGUUCAGUUCAACUUCAAAGAGAUUAUGUAAAGUCACACGGAAGCCGUAUUGUGAUUGUUUUUCUGUGGUUUGCUUCCGCACUUGGAGCUUUUGAAAUGGUUUGUGCUUUCGUGAUUUGGUGCUUCCUAAUUAGAACCAACCGAAAGUCUAAUGCAGAUCAAAAGGGGUACCAUCUUACAGCAACGGGAUUCAGAAAAUUUAGCUACUCCGAGUUGAAAAAGGCUACAAAGGGGUUCAGUAAGGAGAUUGGAAGAGGUGGGGGAGGGGUUGUGUACGAAGGUAUUUUAUCAGAUGAAAGACAUGCAGCAAUUAAGAGACUGAAUGAAGCUAAACAAGGAGAAGGAGAAUUCCUUGCUGAAGUGAGCCUCAUUGGAAAGCUUAACCACAUGAACUUGAUUGAAAUGUGGGGAUAUUGUGCUGAGGGAAAGCAUAGGUUGUUGGUGUAUGAGUAUAUGGAGAAUGGUUCUUUGGCACAAAAUCUCUCAUCCAACUCCCUUGAUUGGAGUAUGAGAUACAACAUUGCAAUUGGAACUGCAAGAGUUCUAGCAUAUCUGCAUGAAGAAUGCUUGGAGUGGAUUUUGCACUGUGAUAUAAAGCCACAAAAUAUACUUUUAGAUUCCAAUUAUGAGCCAAAGUUAGCAGACUUUGGCUUGUCGAAGCUCCUCAACAGAAACAACCCCAACAAUCCAAGCAUCUCUAUGAUCAGAGGAACCAGAGGGUAUAUGGCACCAGAGUGGGUUCUUAACUUGCCAAUCACAUCCAAGGUGGAUGUUUAUAGUUAUGGAAUUGUUGUUUUGGAACUGGUAACUGGAAAAAGCACAACAAGUGUCCAAGAAAUUGAUGGUGGAGAGACAUAUGAUGGGAGGCUAGUGGCAUGGGUGAGAGAAAAAAGAAGCAACACCGACUCAGAUUGGGUGGAACAAAUAGUUGAACCUGCUAUUGGACCUGAUUAUGAUAGAAGUAAGAUGGAAAUGUUGGCAACAGUGGCUUUGAACUGUGUAAUGGAAGACAGAGAUUCAAGGCCUACCAUGAGCCAAGUAGUUGAGAUGCUUCAAGGUCAUGGAAGUGAAUCUGAUCAAUGAUUCAGUAAUGUCUAAUUCUUUAUGGCUAUUUUUAACAUAUCAUAGCUACAGAUAUUUUACUUAAAUUUUAUUCAGGAAUUACACAGAUUUUCCUUUGUUCACAAUUUCUUUUUGUUUUAUAUCUAACCUUCCUCAAUAAAUUUAGAGAUGUAUUCAC